GGGUUUAUAUUGUUUGACUCAACAAAAGGCUACUGAAAAGUGUAUAGUCACUGUUAUUUUUGUCGUAAAUCAAUUUGUCGAAAAUGAGCGAUAGUGCUGGAAAUUGGUGUUUGAUUGAAUCCGAUCCCGGCGUCUUCACGGAAUUAAUCAAAGAAUUUGGUUGCGAAGGCGUUCAAGUCGAAGAACUAUGGACUUUGGAUGCGGAACAAUUCAAAAAUUUAUCGCCAGUACAUGGAUUGAUAUUUUUGUUCAAGUAUGUUCAAGAUGAUGAGCCGGCCGGUUCAGUUGUUCGUGAUAAUCGGUUGGAAAAGAUCUUCUUUGCAAAACAAGUAAUUAACAAUGCGUGCGCUACACAAGCAAUUCUCAGUAUUUUGAUGAAUUGUAGUCAUUCCGAUUUGAAGCUCGGUUCAACAUUGGCGGAUUUAAAGGAAUUUUGUCAAUCGUUCGAUGCACAAAAUAAAGGUUUAACAUUGAGCAAUGCAUCACAAAUUCGCGCCGUUCAUAAUUCGUUUGCAAGACAAACACUCUUCGAAUUGGACAACAAAAAGGCCACCAAAGACGAAGAUGUUUUUCAUUUCAUUGGUUAUGUACCAAUUGAUGGACGUUUAUAUGAACUAGAUGGUUUAAAGGAGGGUCCAAUCGAUUUGGGUGCCAUUCCAGCCAAUCAAGAUUGGAUCGAUGUCGUUCGUCCGAUCAUUCAAAAGCGAAUCGAUAAAUAUAGCGAAGGUGAAAUUCAUUUCAAUUUGAUGGCACUGGUUUCCGAUCGACAACUCAUUUACCAACGAAAAAUUGACCAAAUUCUAAAUGGCAUUUCGGAAAAUGAUAUGGAUACGGAUGCGAAACAAGCUGAAGUCGCUCGUUUACGCGGCCUUAUCGAAAAUGAUAUUGUGAAAAAGAGACAGUAUAAGAUUGAAAAUAUUCGACGUAAGCACAACUAUUUGCCGUUCAUCGUGGAAUUAUUGAAAAUGUUAGCGGAACAAGGUCAAUUAUUGCCAAUCUAUGAAAAAGCCAAGCAACGAGCUAUUGAACGGGAACAACAAGCAAACAACAAAGCAAAAUGAGAAAAAUGAUUUUUGAACAUCUUCAUAAAAUGAAAUAAAAAAAUGAUAAAAUCAUCAUGCGUUUACUUUGAUCAUGUUUGAUUCAACAUUUAUAUAAUUAUAUAAUAAUAAACUAUUCUUUUAUUGAUUUCA